AUGGUCCUCGGCUGGCUGUUGCUUCUGGUAAUGGCUCUGCCCCUGGGCACCACGGGCACCAAGGACUGCGUGUUCUGUGAGCUGACCGACUCCAAGCAGUGCCCGGGCAUCCACAUGCGCUGUGGCGAUGAUGAGGACUGCUUCACGGGCCAAGGGGUGGCCCCGGGCCUCGGCCCUGUCCUCAACAAAGGCUGCCUGGUGUCCACGUCCUGCGGCCACGAGGAGCUGGUCACCUACAUGGGCGUCACCUACACGCUCACCUCCACCUGCUGCUACGGCCACAUGUGUAAUGGGGCCCCCAAUCCCACGGGCAGCCAGACGGAAGGGGUCGCCGCCGGCCUGGCACUGGGCAUGCUGCAGCUGCUCCCAUAUCUGCUGUGA